AUGUCAUUCAUACCAUUUACUUUACAAACUCUGGUCAAUAACAUAGUUCUUGAGGAUUACCAACAGUUGAAUCCUCAGAAUGGCAACAGUGGAAAUAGACUUAGUCGGCUUGGGAGUGGGAUUGGUUGGGGAAAUAAGGAUAACAAAGUAACUGUUGAAUCUGUGGAGGCUUGGGAAAAUAAUUUAUACGUAGGCACUUCAGACGGGCAACUUUUUCAUUAUUUAUUAGAUGAUCAAAUAUCAUCCGAAGAGAAUACGCCAAAUAGUAUUAUUCUGUCCAAAAGAUCUCUUGGUUUCGGGAAAAGAGUUGUUGAACACACUACACUAUCUUUUUAUUCUCUUCCUGAGAUGAUUCCUUUACCACCUCAAAAUUUCCCCCAUAUAAAGAGUGUUUCUUGUUUUUGUUAUGACAUUUCUAAAGAAGGGAAAACUGAUCAGGAUGGUGCUGUUAGAUUUUGCGCGAUGAAGAGGAAAACAAUAUGCAUUUAUUCAUUGGACAACGACUUUUUGAGUGAAGAAGGGCAAAUACCAUUACCCGAUGGUGCAAUCAUGGCUUGUCAAUAUGGUCCCUAUGUAUGUGCAGCAGAUCAUCAUCAAUAUAAGUUGAUUAAUUUGCAAGAGAAACGUAUGAUACCUCUUAUGCCAUAUGCGGAUGCUGGCACUGAACAAUUCAGGCCAAUAAUAACAAUCAUUUCUGAGAAAGAAUUUCUGGUGGCUUUGCCAGCCAAUUCUGGUCAUAUCCUUGACGACAAUUGGUCAAUUUAUAUCAUUUGGAUGCGAACCAGUCAGAGGGACUCUAGAGUGGCAAAGUUUUCCAAGGGCAAUUGGUACUUACUUUAUAUUGAUUCGUUCAUAAAUAAUAUCAAUGGAAUAUUUAUCUAUUAUUUACGUAUAGGUGUCGAUUAUCCUUAUUCUGUUGCGUUACUUCGCAAUAAUACUAUUGAAAUUCACAAUAUUAUUGACCAACAACUUGUUCAACGUGUUACUUUAUCAUCAAAGACUAAAACGAUAUCAGCUGGCCCUGGGAUUAAAGUACGAGUUGCUGGUUUGAUGGAUAGGUUAAAAUUGGGGAAUGUCUUUUCUAAAUUUAAUAACGAUGAUGUACAAUAUUCUCAAUCUGGAGAAGACAUGAGAAAUGAACAAUCAAACUUUUUCGCUACCGUCCCCACAAGGCUUAUAAUGGCCGGUAGUGAGUGUAUUAUGGCUUUGGUGACCACUCCUUUAGUCAUUCAGGUUGAUGCGAUCCUAGAUUCGAACUUUGAGCGUAUUGAAGAGGCUUUAGAAUCUGCAAAUCGAGCAAUAAGUACUGCGACACCCGAAAAUGUUCAUAGUGAAAGAAUGCAUCACGAAUUCAAUUAUAUUUAUCAAAAAUCCGGAUUUGUCUAUCUCGGGGAGACAUAUUUUGACCUAGCUUUCGGGUUGCUUGAAAAAGGAAAAGCUGAUCCACGAAUAUUGAUCCGCUUAUUUAGUGAUUUAAAAGAUAUAAUUUGUGAGGAUGAACCAAUUUAUAUUUAUUCUGGCGUUCUGUCGGUUUAUAACCGUUUGGGUAGCAUUGAUGAUAUAGUUUCAAAAUGUCUUGUAAAGAGUUAUGAUCCACACACGAUGCCAGAUCUUGAUAAUAAUCCUGGUGCACAGCAACUUCGUAAAGCUCUUUUCUCAACAUCAAAAGAAAUGCUGCAACAGUUUCUGGUGAAAGACCGUGAACAACGUAAAGUACCAGGACAGACUUUGUCAAAGAAAGACAAAGUUAUUUUACGGGCUGUAGAUAAUGCACUUCUUCGGUUAUAUGCAGAAUGUAAUUAUGAUGAUUUAUUAAAAAGCCUAUUAGAGAGCGAGAAUGAAUGCACUUUAGCUCUUUGCGAAAAAUCUCUGAUUGACGCUGAAAAAAUUUAUUACUUGGCCCUUCUUUAUAAAGAAAAAAAGGAAUACGCUAAAGCUUUGGAAAUUUGGCAUAGCAUUAUUGAGAAGGAAAAUCCUGAAAAUGAUUUACCAGACGGUUUACAUCAAAUAGUAGACUUGCUUGGAAAAUGUGAUAAUCCAGAACUGUUGUGGAAAUAUGCAAGAUGGGUAAUCCAAAAAGAUGAAAUUUUGGGCGCAAAGAUAUUCACUCAAAUUGAUCCAAAAAAAGCCAUGAUUGUUGAACCUAAUAAAGUUUUAUCCGAAUUGAGGUCAGUCGGAAAAAAUGGCUUAAAAAUAUUUUUGGAACAUUUGGUGAAUCUGCGUAAAAGUCAGGAAGACGCUUAUCACACAGAGCUAGCACUUCUAUAUAUACAAGAAAUUAUGGCUGAAUUGCUCAAGGAAGAAUCAAGGUUGAAAUUCGAAGAAAUAAAUAAUGAAUUCAUGAAAGGCUCGGAAGAUCCUGGGCUAACAUAUUUGACAUUUUUAUUGAAUCAAAAUACCGACGAUUCGUUAUCACAGGCUCGGGCUAAGCUUAUAAUUUUUCUCCAAUCUUCAACGAAAUAUAAAGCAGAAGAAAUUUUAGUGAAACUAGAAGAGGUUGAUGUAUUGAAAGCAGAACUUGCUGUUGUUUAUGGAAAGCUAGGUCAUCAUGAAAAUGCUUUGAAUAUCUUAAUCCGUGAUUUGAAAGAUUAUCGCGGUGCCGAAAUUUAUUGUCUUAGUGUGGGUCGUAUAAUUGGCAUAGUUCGCAAAACUACUAAAAAACAAGUUGAAAAGAAAAUUUCUGAAGAGAAAGCCCUUGUUUCGAAUAGAAAAUGUUUGUUUUUGAUGUUGCUGAAAGUUUAUCUUAAAAUAGACAAAGAUACAGGUGAAUUGCUAGGAAAAAUCAUCCAUUUAUUAAAUACACAAGCUGUGUAUAUGGAUAUCAUGGUGGUUUUGGAGCUUCUCCCUGAAUCUUGGUCAGUUGAGAUGUUGAAUGAAUUUUUGGUUCGUUCUUUAAGACUAACCUACCAUGAGUAUAGAGAAGGUCAAAUUCUCAAGGGUCUUUGUAAAGGCGAAAACACAACAAUAAAUUUUGAAUUAUAUAAAGCCUAUCAAGAGGGCGAACCAUCUGUUAUUACACAGAAUGUUACAUGUUCAUUAUGUUCAAAAUACAUUAGUGGAUCUGAUUUCAUGAAACAACCGAAUAAUGAUAUUAUACAUGUAAAUUGCAUUGAUCAAAAUGAAAUCAUUGAUUCUACAAAUCCAGUAAGCGCUUAG